AUGGCAUCCGAGUCCACCACCGCGACGGCGCAGCCGGCGAGCAAGCGUUGGUCGUACUUUCAUUCGGCAUUACAGCUCGCCAUCCAAAGAUCUUCUCAUAAAUGGACCUAUGAGGAUUUCACGGAAUGCUUCUCGGCAUGGUGUGAGGAACAACCAGAAAACGCGUCUCGCAUUUUUACAACUGUUUCGAGGCAUAUGGAAGAUCAGAUUACCGAACACUGCGAAGAGCUACUGCGGCAGUUUAACGUCCGCGAGAACUUGGAUAAUUUACACACGGUCGUGACUGAAGCUAGAGCGCGUAGGCAGAAAGGAUAUGAAGGCAAGGAUGUUUGGAAGGAAGAUCUGAACCCUGGUGCUGCUGUGCGGGCACGGACCGUGCCACUCCUAGAGAAAGAGAGAGAUCGGUUACGUGCCGAACUCGGUCAGCUGGAGAAUGAAAACAUCAAGCUGCAAAGUGAAAUGCAAAGCAACGUCAGAGGGAGAGAAGAAGCCGAUGCGGAGACAUCGAGACUACUCGAUCUCCUGGACGAGAUCUAUGCCAAGUGGAAUCAUAUUCCGAUAGAGGAGAUUCAAUCAUGGACGUUGCAAACUGCAGAGUCUGUCACCAGCAGCAGACCUGUGUGA